AUGGGGGACACAGGCGGUAACGCGUACGGCGGCGAUGCAAUUCGAUAUGAUGGGCUGGGCUGUAACGAACACGAAGACCACCCUCCAUUCUUCACGCCAUCGUAUCUGGAACACUCGCGGCACGUGCAAAGGCUACGUCGGGCAUACGAAGAGCAUGUCUCCGAGCUGAAGGCGCGAGCGAGCAGCAAUCCCAGAGCAUAUCAGCCGAGUCUGAGUACAAGUCCAAGCGUAACGAGUCUCAACAAGAUGUCUUCACAACACAUGUACCGAGGUGUGAUGCAGGAUGUCAUAGAAAGACUGCCCCCCUCUGCUGCAGAGGAAGAGAGAGCGCAGCCAUUGCCGAGCAGAUGGAGCGAGGAGGACAAAUGGACUGGCUUGGAGCUUCUAGCGGAUGGCACCGAAGUUCGCUUUAAUGGAGUGACAAAGACUACAGAUGAAGCUGCGACAGUGCGGAGUGACUGGCCGAUGCCAAAAGAGGUCGGCAUAUAUUACUUCGAGGUGACGAUACUGUCAAGGGUCAAGGACGCUCAGAUAGGUAUCGGCUUUUCCACCACAAAGGCAAACCUGAACAGGCUACCGGGCUGGGAGGGGGAGUCUUGGGCGUAUCACGGUGACGAUGGUUUUGUGUUCGCGUGCACAGCCAGUGGCAAGGCAUACGGCCCAAAAUUCAUGAGUCAAGAUGUGAUAGGGUGUGGUGUUAACUACAGGACGGGGAGUGCGUUCUUUACCAAGAAUGGGACACACUUGGGAACAGCGUUCCGCAACGUGAAGCUGGACAGAUUAUAUCCUUCUGUGGGCAUGAAGAAGCCAGGCGAACAUCUGCGCACCAACUUUGGAAGAACUCCUUUUGUGUUUGACAUUGAUGGCCUGGUGGAGCAGGAACGGAUGCACAUUUUGGCAGACAUCGAUCAAACGGAUGUGUCACACCUCCACUCUCCCGACGACGAGCACGCCCUGAUACACAACCUCAUCGGCCAAUACCUCGCCCACGAGGGCUAUGUGGAGACCGCAAAGGCAUUCGCGGAAGAUAUUGAACAGCAACAGCAAGAAUUCGAAGGUCGUACCCAACCACUACGAUUAUCGACUGAGGAUGACCAGCAUGCCAUUCAUCGCCAGCGAAUACGGAAAAGCAUACUGGAUGGCGACAUUGAUCGAGCACUGAAGUAUCUUUCGGCUUACUAUCAGAACCUAUUCGACGAUGAGAAAAAUCGAGACAUUUAUUUCCGCCUACGAUGUCGAAAGUACGUGGAGAUGACAAGAAGACACGCAGAGCUUGCAAAUGCCGUGUCAUCGCCUACGACCGUGACAAAGAGCGUAGAUUCGCUGGGCAGCAAUGGCCAUGCACACACUGAGAGUGCCGCCCAGCACGACGAAGAUCAGCCCUCAGACACUCAAAUGGAGCUUGACGACCAGUUACGGAGGGAAACUUCCAGGGGCCAUGAGUCUUCAGCGAAUGAUGACAUUGACAUGGACGUUUCUCAAGAACUGCCACCGAAGACGUCUUACAUGAAAGCCGACCAAAUUCUAACAGCGCUGGUUCAAUACGGACAGGAACUGCAGCAGGAGUGGAAGACGGACCGGAGACCGCAUAUUCAAAAGCAUCUCAUGGACAUCUCGGCCAGCUUCGCGUACACCAACAUCUACGAAAGUCCGAUCAGUCACCUGUUUGCUUUACAAGGCCGAUGUGAGAUUGCAGAGGAGGUCAAUGGCGCUAUACUGGUCUCACUCGGCAAGCCUUCUUCUGCAGCCAUAGAAAAGGUCUGCGCACAAACAGAAGCACUUCUAGAUGAAGCUGCCAGCCGUCUUGGUGGGACCGCAGCUGCAUUUGUCAAUGUCAGAGAAGACUUUUUGAGGGAGUAG